AGCGCAAUCGAUUUGUUUAUCCUGAACGUGUGGUGAUGUAUCCAAGUGACAUGGUGUAAUGCGUUUCUCUCACUUAGAUGUAUCGCUGUUUAACAGUGAUACUCCAACAAACAGUCAGCGAUGACACGAGUAGGUGGAAAGACAGCUCGGUCGUAUUGACUCUGUUUACGUUGUGAUACCAGACAAACCUCGGGACUGCAGCACCGAGCAGUCGAGCGAAGAUGAGGCCUUCUCGGGCUCAAGUCGAAGCCGCCAUAGGCGUCAUCAUGAGAGUUCCCGGACUGUUUAUCAUUGACUACUGGUGGCAGCACGAUCGCGUCAAGUCGGUGCCCCAGACCAUGUCCUUAACCGGGCUCCUCAAUGCAAUUCUCACAAACCUCAUACUUCUGCACGGAUUCCUACUCUUGUUGCUGCCCAUUCCACGAGUUCGUUUUUUAUACACGCACUUUGUGAGUGCCUUGUUGCUGUUGAGCUCCCAUUUCAUAUCCAAGUACUACAUCCAGGUAGAGGCCAGUCUAGUAAGGAGGUUGGAAGCUGAUCCCGCCUUUGCUCAUGCCGCCGCGUUAGUGGCACACGUCGUGCUCGCGGGGCUCGUCUUUGUCCUCCUGGACGGCCCCUACCGCCCCUUUCUGCCCCUCCUCUCUUGUUACACGCUCCCCGUCGUGGCGCGCAUCCUCGACUUUCCCGUCGACGUCCUGGAAGCGCUCCACAACUUUGCCAAUGCCCUCAUGUGCAUCGGCGUCGUCUACUACCUCUACGGGCAGCUGCCCGCCCUCGUGUCCCUCAUAAAGGACACCUACGUUGACACGAUGCUCCUGACAAUCCGUUACGGCUGGCUGGGCCUCGCCGCCUUGUUCUGGAACAGGGUGUUUGUGCCGACCCACUUUCUCGUCUUUUGGCUCAUAGGGUUCGCCGUCAAGCUGACCGAGGGCUACCCCGUUCGAGAGGGUCCCUGGUACAUGCUCGUCUUGAGCUCCGCAAGCGCGGUCUGCGCCAGCCCAGUGACGCUGGUCGCGUCGUCGGUGACGGUCGCGUACCUGGCCCGCCUCACGAUCGUCGGGGCGCAGGUCCUCCUGCACGGCACGAUGGCCUACCCGAACGACAAUCCGAUGCACAGCGGCAGGACGGAAGGGCUCACGAUGCUCCUGCUGGCGCUCCAGACGGGGCUGACGGAACUCCACCUUCCGGGACGCGCAGCCGUCCUGCUCGUCAUCCUAUUCAUCGUGACGUCCUCGUUGCUGCAGUCCGUGCUCGAAAUAACGGAGCCGGUCGUCCUGGCGUUGAGCGCGUCCCAGAGCCAUAACGUGUCGCGGCACGUGCGGGUGUUGAUCACCUGCGUCUUCCUCGUGACGUUCCCCAUCUGGCUCGCUCUUCAGCUCGCCGCGCUCUUUCCCGUCGACUUCUGGAUGAUGAUCGUGCUCUCGUCGUGCGUUCUCACUUCCGUUCAGAUGGGCGGACUGCUCGUCGUGUACGGUCUGUCCGUCUACGACGUUUUCCGUCGCACCGAGCCGUGGGAAUCGCUCGACGACGUAGUGUACGUCACCCGUGCCCUUACCAAGGGGCUGGAGUUCAUCGUGGCCGUCUUUGUGGUCGGCGUGGGCUUGUGGGAGUCGACGACCGACAAGCGCAACUGGACAAACGCGUCGAUCCUUCUCGUCCACUGUUACGUCAACGUGUGGCAACGAGUGCAGGCCGGGUGGAAGAGCUUUGUGCUUCGCCGCGAGGCGCUUCGCAAGACCAAGGUGCUGCCCGAAGCGUCCGCGGAAGAACUGCAGAGACACAACGACAUUUGUGCCAUCUGCUACUCCGAAAUGAAGGCUGCCUGUCGUACGGGUUGCCAGCACUUCUUCCACAGAAACUGUCUACGCAAGUGGUUGUACAUUCAAGACAAAUGCCCCCUCUGCCACGCUGCCAUUAACGUGGACGGUCCCGCGUUGUAGUACGUGUGCAGUUACAAGUGUGAAAGAGACCAUAAGGACCGCACUCACUCUUAAGAUAAGGGGGAUUUUAAUUUAUGUACAAAGUUUUUGCCUAUAAAUAGCAUAUUCUGGGUAAAAA